AUGCGACACCCACACACGCGAAGUCAAAACAGUCAUCACACCUAUCACCGCAUUGCAGAUCUGAUAGAGCCCAACACCAUCCCUUUCCUCAAAAGACGAGAUUUCAGGAAUAAUAAACCCAUAUAUUAUUAUAUUAUACUUUCUUCUUCUUCUUCUUCUUCUUCUUCUUCUUCUGUUGCUGCUGCUGUUACUGCUGCUGCUUCUGCUUCUUCUUCUCCCUCCUUCCUCUUCCUAUUCUUCUUCUCCAUCCUUCUCCUUCUCCUUCUUCUUCUUCUGCCUCCUCCUCUUCCUCCUUCUUCUUCUUCUUCUUCUGUUACUGCUGCUGCUUCUUCUUCUCCCCCUUACACUUCCUCCUCUUCUUCUUCUUCUUCCUCUUCUUUUCCCCUCCUUCCUCUUCCUCUUCUUCUUCUCGCUCCUUCUCCUUCUCCUUCUCCUUCUUCUUCUUCUGCCUCCUCCUCUUCCUUCAUCUUCUUCUUCUUCUUCUUCUUCUUCUUCUGUUGUUGCUGCUGCUGUUACUGCUUCUGCUUCUUCUUCUCCCUCCUUACACUUCCUCCUCUUCUACUUCCUCUUCUUCUCCCUCCUUCCUCUUCCUAUUCUUCUUCUCCAUCCUUCUCCUUCUUCUUCUUCUUCUUCUCCUUCUUCUUCUUCUGCCUCCUCCUCUUCCUUCUUCUUCUUCUUCUUCUGUUACUGCUGCUGCUUCUUCUUCUCCCCCUUACACUUCCUCCUCUUCUUCUUCUUCUCCUUCUUCUUCUUCUGCCUCCUCCUCUUCCUUCUUCUUCUUCUUCUUCUUCUUCUUCUACUGCUGCUGCUUCUGCUUCUUUUUCUCCCUCCGUCCUCUUACUCUUCUUCUUCUUCUUCUUCCUCCUCUUCCUUCUUCUUCUUCUUUUUCUAAUGCUGCUGCUUCUGCUUAUUCUUCUCCCUCCUUCUUCUUCCUCUUCUUCUUUUUCUUCUUCUUCUUCCUUCCUCUUCCUCUUCUUACUCUUCUUCUUCUUCUUUUUCUCCCUCCGUCCUCUUACUUUUACUCUUCUUCUUCUUCUUCUGUUGCUGCUGCAGUUGCUGCUGCAGUUGCUGCUGCAGUUGCUGCUUCUUCUUCUUCUCCCUCCUUCCUCUUCCUCUUCUUACACUUCUUCUUCCCCUUCUCCUCCCCCUCCUCCUCCUCUUCUUCUUCUUCUACUCCUUCAUUUCUCUUGUAUCUAUGUAUAUAUGUAUAUACCUAUCUCUUUUCAUUCUUAUCUCAUGUCUCUAAUCAGAAUCUAUCUAUCUAUCUAUCUAUCUAUCUAUCUAUCUAUCUAUCUCAGACCCAUCUAUCUCAUUAUUUUCCCUUUCCUUCUUUUCUUUAUCUCUCUCUUUCUCUCUUCGUUUUUUUCAUUCCUUCGUUCCGUUCUUCGUUCGUUCGUUCCUUCUUUCUUUCUUUCUUUCCUUCCUUCCUUCCUUCCUUCCUUCACACUUCGCUCAUUCCUUCACAUUUUAUUUUUUUUCAGUUGCCGCAAAUUCUUAUUCUUAUUUAUUUAUUCAAUUUAUAUAAGAGAACUGUCGUCUUCUUCUUCUUCCUUCUUCUUCUUCUUCUUCUUCUUCUUCGUCUUCUUCUUCUUCGUCUUCUUCUCCCCUCCUCCUCCCCUCCUCCUCCCCUCCUCCUCCUUCUUCUUCUUCUCCCCUCCACCUCCUUCUUUUUCCCUCCUCCACCUCCUCCUCCUCCUUCUUCUUCUUUUCUUCUUCUUCUUCCCUCCUCCUAUCUUCCUUCUUCUUCCCUCCUCCUCCUCCUCCUCCUCCUCCUCCUCCUUCUUCUUCUUCUUCUUUUUCUUCUUCUUCCCUCCUCCCCCUUCUUCUAAUUUAAUAGUCUAA